AUGGUCAUGGUCAAGGUCAUUGUCAUGGUCAUGGUCAAUGUCAUAGUCAUGGUCAAGGUCAAGGUCAUGGUCAUGGUCAUGGUCAAGGUCAUAGUCAUGGACAUGAUCAUGGACCAUAUAUUUACUAGGUGUAGCAAUGCCCAGAAAGAUGGUGUUAAAAUAGACCCUUCUGUAGACUGUGGGAAGUGGUAUGAUCUGAAGUUGGCUGAAGUGAGAUCCAGCACCCAAGUUCCGCAAGGAAAAGAGCACCCCCCAAUAACUGGCUGGAAGGAAUUCCCCAAGUCGGGCAUCCCCCCUGUCUUCAAUGCUGGGCAUAUUUACCAUCACUUGGUGGAGUCAAUACAAGAGAGAGAUGAUGAUGAUGAUGAUGAUGAUGAUGAUGGUGGUGGUGGUGCAAACAGUGACUUUGCCACUGACAAGCCAAUGCGCCGUGGCAAGAUAUUUUAUGACAGUGGAAAUGUCACAGAAAUACAAGAUGUAAGAAAGGGUAGUCAGUAUUUUGUGAAGGCAAAAGUUCUUGCCAGUAUGCGUAAAACAACGUAUUCAGUUCUUUUUUCUCUCUCAGUGAACAGUGGUUUUGUCUCCGAUGCUACUUGUGAUUGCCGUGCAUCGGCACUAGGGAGAUGCAGUCAUGUAGCAGCAGUUUUAUAUGCACUAAGUUAUUGUGUUGAGAACUCCUCUGACAGAUCUGUACCAUGUACAAGCAAACCCUGUACAUGGAACCGGGGACGGAAGCAGGGUAAAAAUCCAAAGAAAAUAACAGAAACAUCAUACCCUAAAACCCAUUCCUCUAGUGUUAUACAAUUUGACCCAAGACCCUUAUCUCAGCAGUCAACUGCACAAAUGCCCCAGGAAGAAAUUAACAACUUUUCGAUUUCUCUGCAGUCAUGCAGUAAGAACCUGUCCAUGUGGGAAACGCUCCUUCCUGUUAUAUAUGAUGACUAUGUCUUGUCAGAGGAGGAGAAGGUAGUAUUAUUAGUUAAAGUAGACCAGCUGAUAGAAAAUCUGACCCCCGAGGAGCAGGGACCAGUACAUGUAGUGACGGAGCAAGGAACUGAUCAGUGGCAUGCACUUAGGGCCUUGCGGGUAACAGCUUCAAAUGCUAAAGCCAUUGCUAGAGCACAUGACAGUACUCGCCCAACCCUUGUACAGAAGCAGCUGUGGCGGAGUUCUGCCACGACCUUGGCCAUGUUGUAUGGCAUCGAACAUGAGCAAGAUGCUCGGGUUGAUUUUGCCCAACAGUUUACUGAACUAACAGUGACAGAAUGUGGUCUCUGGCUUAAUGGGAAAUAUCCUGGUCUAGGUGCAAGUCCCGACGGAGUAGUUUAUGACUCUUCUUCAAACAGCGGUGUCCUUGAAAUUAAGUGCCCCAUAUCCAUUAAGACUGUUGCUCCGCAGGAUUUUGCUGAGGUGCUCAAUUAUAAACAACAGAAGAGCUUUUGUCUGGCAUCAGUGGCAUGUGAAAACAAUAAAUAUUAUUUAAAGAAAUCUCAUGUGUAUUAUACACAAAUUCAAAUCCAAAUGCUAAUUUUGGAAAAGGAAUGGGGCUAUUUUGUAAUCUGGACCCCACAUGGGUUAUUUGCAGAAAAAAUCCCUUUUGACAGUGAGCAUGUUGAUGAAAUUGUGCCACGCCUCUCAGACUUCCAUAAGAAAUGUCUAUGUCCAGAAUAUUUUGAAAUGAGACUCCCUAGGAGGCUGUCUCUAAUACAGUUAUCUUAAAUGGUGAGCGCGUUUAGCACAGCGCCGAAUGCGCACCGUGUGCGGGGGCCUUAAAUGAUCCCUUCUCUGUUCAUUCUACAUGCGUAUGAUCUCUACAAAGGGGUUGUUUAUAUCAAUUUGUUGUGUGUUAGCAUGAUAACCUUAAGUUUACAAAAUAAGGAGAUAUGAGGAUGUGGAUCCAGUGAUUUUGUAUUGCAUUAUUAGCUAUUUGUGAAUGUUUCAUUUCCUUAUUGAACAGAUCUUGUUGAUAAGCUGGCACGGCGAGUUCUAUUCCUUGGACGCAGGAGUAUGCUAUGGGACAGUUAAGCCAUCCACGCUCGUCUCGAGGAGAAGAAGAGAGAAGAAGUUAUAAGAAGAUAUAAGUUACUUCUCAUGCCAUUUCAUAACUAGUAACAAACUACAUGAUUGUAACUUUUGUACAUUUAUUGCUCAAUUAGGAAACUUAUAUAAUUGCAUAGUUCAAACUAAUGAAUGUAUUUUUGCUAUUCUUCAGUUGGAAAAUUGUACACACAAGGUCUGAACUCCUAAUAAAGUAAAAUGUUUACAUAUA